CUGUCAUAUAUCACACAUCAAAUAAUUUACUUUAAUUUCUGCAAUGUCUGCUAAGAUUCCCCACCACCACUACACCACCAUCUCCUCCCCCGCCGCCGGCGGCUGUUUCUGCACUUUUCCUUAUCCCGGCGCCGGAGGAUCCGUCAAUUACGCAUUGCAGGCAUUUGCGAGCUUCAACGACGACGACGACGUCAAUUCUCCGGUGUCGGUCACCUCGUUUCCUGAGCAGUUGCUGGUGUCCGAAUGCGGCGGCCUGCAGGCUGUUCCGCAGAUGUCGUCGGAAAUCGAAAUUGGCAGCUGUGACUAUCAACCGCCGCCGCUCGCCGGCGAUGACUGCAGCCGGUUGGUGCCCAACCUCUGGCCACCGGCUAAAUAUCCCACGCCUGCAGCUGCUGAUCAAAAUUGGCCGAAGGAGACGGCGGCGGCGGAGGUGACGAAGGUUGGACGAUAUUCCGUUGAAGAAAGGAAAGACAGAAUUCUCAGAUAUCUGAAGAAAAGAAACCAGAGAAAUUUCAACAAAACAAUCAAGUAUGCGUGUCGGAAAACCCUAGCAGACAAGCGUGUCCGAAUCCGGGGAAGAUUCGCGAAGAAUGUCUCUGAAGAAGAAGAAGAUGAAGAAAUGCAGCAGAUGAUGGUGGGCACAAAGCAUGUUGCAGAAGCUUUUCAUUACCAUCAACAAAGUUCCUCAUUUAUGACGACAUACGACGAUGAGGACGAGUGGUUGCAGGCAGCCAUGGAUAAUCUUGUGCAGCUGCCCUACUUAUAAUUAUACUUAAUUAAUUAAUUAAUUCCAUGCUCGUCGUCUGGAGAUCUAGAAGGAAGAAUCCAUGGAUAUAUAUAUUCGUCGGGUGCAAUGCCAAUGUACAAAGUACUCAUUUCAG